GAGCGAAACCCUAAUUCGCACGCAGGCAUCGAAUCAGCAGAGCCAGCGAGAGAGAGAGAGAGAGAGAGAGAGAGAGAGGGGCAGCAGAAGGUGAUCGAGCUUUGCCUCAAUUCGGCGCCGCCCACCACCGCCGCCGGCCGUCAACGUUGCGGCGGCGAUCGCCAGGAUGAACCCGGUCGACCCGAGAUACUCGGACCCGACUUCCUUCCGCAACCGCAGAAGCGAUUUCGUGCCUCCGAGGGCACCGCCGGUCUAUGCAGCCCCGAGCUACGGCGGCGGCGGCGGCGGACAGGGGCCGUAUGAAGGUCCGCCGCCAGGCAUGGGGGCCUCCGUGUACCCGCCCUUCCAGUCUCCGACCGGAGGGUUCGAGAUCGGUCGCGGCGGAGGGAUGGCUGACGGGCAUAUGGGCGGCCACAGAGGUCGACCGGGCCAAGGAGGAGGUGGAAGGGGUGGCCGAGGAGGAGGCGGCGGCGGGGGCUAUGGAGGACACGGUGGGAAUAGGGGUUUUGGCGAUGGCCGUUCCGGUGGUGGGAGAGGCGGAAGGCAGGGCGGCUGGUCGUCGCAGAGGGACCAUGAGAAGUUCGAUUUCCCGAAACCCAAUUUUGACCAGCUGGUGCCGUUUGAGAAGAAUUUGUACGUGGAGAGUCCUAUGGUGGCUGCAAUGUCUGAGCAUGAGGUCAGGACGUAUCGUGCGAGAAGGGAUAUUACUGUCGAGGGGAAUGAUGUUCCCAAGCCUGUUCGGACUUUCCAAGAGGCUAGCUUUCCUGGAUACUGCCUUGAUGUGAUUGUGAAGUUGGGGUUUGUCGAGCCAACGCCCAUCCAAUCUCAGGGAUGGCCAAUGGCUUUAAAGGGUAGAGAUUUAAUUGGUAUUGCCGAGACAGGUUCUGGCAAGACUCUGGCUUAUCUGCUACCGGCUUUGGUGCAUGUCAGUUCACAGCCACCCUUAGUUAGAGGGGACGGUCCUAUUGUGCUGGUGCUUGCACCUACUAGAGAGUUGGCGGUGCAGAUUCAACAGGAAGCUUUGAAAUUUGGCUCGAUUGGAUCAAGAGCAAAGAUCAGUAUCAGAAGUACAUGCGUUUAUGGCGGUGCCCCUAAGGGACCACAAAUUAGUGAUCUUAAUAAGGGUGUUGAGAUCGUCAUUGCUACGCCUGGUCGUCUCUUAGAUAUGUUGGGAGCAUAUAAGACAAACUUACGGCGAGUGACUUAUCUCGUGUUGGAUGAAGCGGAUCGAAUGCUAGACAUGGGAUUUGAACCUCAGAUAAGGAAGAUUUUAACUCAAAUACGACCAGAUAGGCAGACACUAUUGUGGAGUGCAACAUGGCCGAGAGAGGUUGAAGCUCUGGCAAGACAGUUUUUGAGCAAUCCAUAUAAGGUUAUCAUCGGAUCCACUGAUCUGAAAGCAAACCAAUCUAUAAGUCAAAUUGUUGAAGUAAUAAAAGAGAGUGAAAAGUACAGCAGGCUGAUUAAACUACUGAAAGCAGUGAUGGAUGGGAGUCGAAUUCUGAUAUUUGUAGAAACAAAAAAGGGAUGCGAUCAAGUGACAAAACAGCUGAGGAUGGAUGGAUGGCCAGCUCUAUCUAUACAUGGAGACAAAAGCCAGUCUGAGAGGGAAUGGGUGUUGGCUGAAUUUAAGAGUGGCAGAAGUCUCAUAAUGACUGCCACUGAUGUUGCUGCAAGGGGUCUUGAUGUCAAGGAUAUAAAAUGUGUGAUAAACUAUGAUUUCCCGAUGACACUUGAGGAUUAUGUGCAUAGAAUUGGUCGAACUGGGCGAGCUGGUGCAAAGGGCACUGCCUUUACCUUCUUCACUGAUUCUAAUUCGAGGUUUGCUGGGGAACUUCUAAAAAUCUUGCAAGAUGCGGGGCAGGUUGUCCCUCCAGCUUUAUCUGACUUGGCUCGUUCAGCAUCCUUUUAUGGAGCUGGUUCAGGCAACAGUGUUCGCUCAAGAGGACAUAGAGGGUUUGGAAACAGGGGCCGUAUCUCUGGAUCUAAUACAGUUCCUCUUGGUGGUGGAAGGCCUCUUGGUGGUGGAAGGAGGUGGUAAUCUAGGUGGUGGCCUGCUUGGUGUUUGUUGGCCACACUCCUUAGCUCUGUGAUAGCCAAUAUGUGCGAUUUCUUGUCUCUCCAGCCACCCAAUGGCCAUGUUUGUUAGAAUUAGUGUGCUGCUCAAACUGUGUGGAUCCUACUCUAUUAUUUUAGGAGAUUAUAGUUGAUGAAUUUCUUCAUGUUUCUGUGUAUCAUACUUUGUAAAUCAUGGCAAUGUAGCAGCAACAGUUGUUUCAUGUGUUUGUGCACCAAAUUGACCUUGAUGUGGUUUGUUAAAUGGUCCCUGACCAGAACUCUCUUUUGGCUGGGAACAAGGACCACCUUGUAAUCGACCUCAGAUUUGUUGUCAUUUUAAUACCUUAGAGAAAUUGAGUUGCA